UUUCUUGUUUGGUGGCUUUUUGCAGUAGGUACUAGCCCAGCACAAUGCACUUCGCCAGUGUUGAGUAGCUUGAAAGUGCGGUUCACACAUGGUUAACAGGGUCCAAAUUCGUACUUUGAUAUGACAGUUGACACAUAGAGCUAAAAUGGCGAGUGAGGACUCAAAAGGACUCAAAAAUUAUUACAGCAAUGCACCAGAAACAUCAGCUGAGCAAACUUCAGAUAAAGAGUCUACGGAAGAAUCGGAAACUGAGGAGCGUCUUCUGACAGUAUGCUGCAGAUCUGGAAAGCUGGGAGCCGCCUGUUAUACUUUACAGACUGGAGAGCUCCAAAUCCUGGAAGAAAUAGUAGACCGUCCUCCAGAGCAUCAGAUAUUCGUAUCCCUGUUCAACCAAGUGGAUCCAGUUCAGCUGAUAUUGGACGGCAAGAGUCAAGGCACCUUCGUGAGCGCCGUGAAGGGGGUGGUCUUGGCCAAUGACACUAACGAGAGCACUAAGUGCAAGCUGAUGUUCAUAUCAUCUAAGGAAUACAAUUUCGAAGCUUGCAAGCGGCGCAUCCAGUCUCUCACUCUACCCCAUGAGCCGCCCAACUGCUCAGACGAGGAGCGUAUGGUGUUCCUGCGCACUGUCAUAGACUUCGCCCAAACUCAAACAGUUCACGCCUUGGGUGCUUUGCUGAGAUACCUGGACCUCAAUUGGUCAAAUCUUAUCAUGGAUUUGCAUGGAAAACCACAGUUCAUGAGCUUGACCAGGAUUUCACUAGCUGAUAUAGUAGCAAUGGAUGAGGACACGUACAGAGGGUUACAAGUGUUCAGCUCCCUAUCACAUCCGAGUGGCUUCAAGAAAGGCGUUCAGGGCAGUAACAAGGAGGGCUUGAGCCUUUACCAGCUGUUCAGUAAAUGCUCCUCCAAAGUUGGACAUCGGAGAAUGAGAAUUCUCCUCCGACACCCAACGAAGGACCUGGAGACGCUCAAGCGUCGCCAGGAUGUGGUGGCGUACUUCAUGCGGCCUCAGAGCGACUCCAUCAUGAGGAACAUCUGUGCAUCGCUAAGGUUCAUCAGGAAUGUUAAUGGAAUACUUGCAAAAAUAAAGGCUUUGUCAGCAAAGUCAUAUCAGUGGAAGUCGCUUUAUAAUACUCUCUACAAUGUGGUUCUCAUAUGUGAGUUGUGUGAAAACGCAGGACAAAACGUAGAAUAUCUAGAUCGACUAGCCAGUUACGACACAACUAAAUUGUACGAGAUGGCGCUAUACAUGAAUAGAAUAAUCGAUUUCGAUCUAACGAAAUCAGAAGGCAAGUUUACAGUGAAGGCAGGCGUAGAUCACGAUCUUGAUUUGAAAAAGCAAACGAUGGCCAGUCUCCACGGCCUGAUGUCGGAAACAGCCCGGGUAGAGCUGGAGCGUCUGCCGCCGUUCAUAGAGGAGUGUGCGAUGCUGUACAUGCCACACCUCGGCUACUUGCUCGGUGUCAAAGCCUGGGCCGAUAACCUUACUAUGGAACAAAAGGAGCUGCCCAAUAUGAAGUUUAUGUUUCAAAAUAAUGACUACAUUCACUACAAAAGUAAAGGAUGUGAAGAACUGGACAUGAUGAUAGGAGACACGUACCCCGAGAUAGUGGCGCACGAGACUCGCAUCAUGAUGCGCCUCACCUCCACCAUCCUGGAGAACUUGCACACCCUCGCGGCUGCCAUAGAUAUCUGCGCUGAACUGGACUGCCUAAUCACAAUAUCGAAAGUAUGCAAAGAGUACAGCUUCGUAAAACCAACUCUAACCAGAGACAAAGUAAUAAGCAUAGUUCAAGGAAAACACCCGCUGCACAUCACUACUAUGGACAAUUUUGUGCCAAAUGACGUCAAGAGUAGCCAGGAAGCGGGGCUUGUCAAGAUCUUGACUGGACCCAAUUCUAGCGGCAAGUCUGUUUAUAUGAAACAGAUAGGUCUAAUAGUAUACUUGGCACACAUAGGCAGUUUCGUUCCGGCGGAGUCGGCGACAAUAGGGAUAGUGGAACACAUUUACUCCCGGAUCCAGUCCACGGAAUGUAUUGCCGCGCAUAUGUCGGCCUUCCUUAUUGAUCUUAGACAGAUGGCGCUAGCAGUACGGGAGUCGUCCAGUAAUUCCCUGAUCAUAGUGGACGAGUUCGGCAAGGGUACGGGCGAGACGGACGGGCUCGCGCUACUGGCCGCGUGCCUCAACACGCUGCUGUUCCGCGGCGUCACCUGCCCGCACGUGCUGCUGUCCACGCACUUCCUCAACGUGCACGACUACAUCGUGGACACGCCAGUCGUCCGGUUCAUGAGGUUCGAGUACAUGAUGCAGGACAGCGAGCCGGUGUUCCUUUUCCGCGUGGUGGAAGGCAGCUCGGAGUCCAGCUUCGCGCACCAAGUGGCAGAGAGCAGCGGCGUGCACACGCACAUAGUGAACAGAGCUAGAGAGCUCUUGGAGGCUAUAACGAACAACGCUCUACCUCCGCCUGACAAGAAAAUAAUAUCGAAACUGAGAAAUGUGACCGAAAUAAUCAAAAACACGCUGCUCACAGAAGAUAUUUAAUUGAUAUAAAAUUCGUUUAAUAUUAAAAACACAAUGAUAUUCCAUUCGCUUAGCACUAGCAACAACAAUGUAAUAAAUAGGUAUAUUAAUAUAAAAUUUAAUUUAUAAUAAUAAUUUGUAAAAAAAAAUUUACUACAUUACAUACAUACAACUUACUAACUAGCGUUUU